AUGGAAUUCGGUUCCAGCUUGAGCGGAGGGGAAAGGCGGUUCUCAGUGGCGUCUAUGUUCAGCGAGGAUGGUGCAAAGCGAGUUCGUGUCAGCCGUUCUACGAUAACAUGCCUCCACGACGUUACAUCUCUGCCUUUCCUGGACGAGAGCUCCUGGUGGCCUUCCGGUGGAGUGAAGAGCAAUCUGUUCCACGUGGACUCGCCUGAAUAUGCCAUGGGCAACGUCAUUUCUGAGUCUAUGAUAUUCCCAGCUAUUUGCAGGUCGCCAGUUCUCUCGGAUAUUCUUGUGGAUGCGGGAAUGAUGGCCUCUCUGAUGAUUGAUGGAGGUCGCGAUUUCUACGGCGACGGAACGAAUUUCGGGCUCCAGCCAUGUGUUGAACUGGUUGGACUCAGCGAGGCCUGGAUAGGCGAGCGUCUAAAUGCCUUCUUCGAGAAAUCCAAGAUACCAAAUGAAACAAGGGAACAGAUAGCUGCAUCUAGUGAUGCCUUGAGAAUUGCCGGUGCCACUUUUGGAGAUCUGCUCAAGCAUCUUGUUCGCGGCGGGUGA